CCGGGCGCGGUAAUUCAUUCGGCUCUUCCAUCGGUUGGACUAGACGCAGAUACUUACAGUGGUACCAUGGCAGGUUACUUGAAGGUCCUCAAUACUCUCAGCAAGUCUGCCGCAACUUUAUCCAAAAGCCCGGCGGUCCUCGCUCCUGCUACCUGCCAGGCUUUGCAGCAGAGGAACUAUGCAGACAAACGCAUCAAGGUGGCUAAACCAGUGGUGGAGAUGGAUGGAGAUGAAAUGACCCGCAUCAUCUGGGAAUUCAUCAAAGAAAAGCUCAUUCUGUCAAACGUUGAUGUGGAGCUAAAAUAUUUUGACUUGGGUCUACCCUACCGUGACCAGACUAAUGACCAAGUCACCAUCGACUCUGCUUUAGCUACCCAGAAAUACAACGUUGCUGUCAAAUGCGCUACUAUUACUCCAGAUGAGGCCAGGGUUGAAGAAUUCAAGUUGAAGAAAAUGUGGAAAAGCCCCAAUGGAACUAUCAGAAACAUCCUGGGUGGAACUGUCUUCCGUGAGCCAAUCAUCUGCAAGAACAUUCCCAGGCUUGUUCCUGGUUGGACACAACCAAUUACAAUUGGCAGACAUGCCUUUGGUGACCAGUACAGAGCCACAGACUUUGUUGUGAACACACCCGGCAAGUUUAAAAUCACCUUUACUCCAGCUGAUGGAAGCAAGGGCCAGGAGUGGGAAGUGUUCGACUUUCCUAAUGGUGGAUGUGGAAUGGGAAUGUACAACACUGAUGAGUCUAUCACAGGCUUUGCACACAGCUGCUUUCAGUAUGCCAUCCAGAAGAAAUGGCCUCUCUACAUGAGCACUAAGAACACCAUUUUGAAAGCCUAUGAUGGACGCUUUAAGGACAUCUUUCAGGACAUCUUUGAGAAGAACUAUAAGCCUGAGUUUGACAAACUGAAGAUCUGGUAUGAGCACAGACUCAUCGAUGACAUGGUAGCUCAAGUGCUGAAGUCUUCUGGUGCUUUUGUUUGGGCUUGCAAGAACUAUGAUGGAGAUGUACAGUCUGAUAUCCUGGCUCAAGGUUUUGGUUCUUUGGGACUGAUGACCUCCGUGCUGGUGUGUCCUGAUGGAAAGACCAUUGAGGCUGAGGCUGCCCAUGGCACCGUCACCAGGCAUUAUCGUGAGCAUCAGAAGGGAAGGCCAACCAGCACGAAUCCAAUUGCUAGCAUUUUUGCCUGGACCAGGGGAUUGGAGCACAGAGGUAAACUUGACGGGAACCCAGAUUUGAUCAGGUUUUCUCAAACCCUGGAGAAAGUGUGUGUAGACACUGUGGAGAGUGGAAUCAUGACCAAGGAUCUGGCUGGCUGCAUUCAUGGACUCUCAAAUGUUAAGCUCAACGAACAUUAUGUCAACACCACUGACUUCCUUGAUGCAAUUAAGACCAACCUCGACAAGGCCCUGGGUAAAUGAAGAAGAUCUUGAAAAGCAAUCUGCUUUUUGUACCUCAUUUUUAACUUAAAAAGGUCAUGAUAACCACAAGCAUUAAUCCUGGGAGUUAAGAAGAAAAGUUGAAGUUCUGUCCAUAGCCGUGCUGUUGACUAAUUUAUGGCUAUACUGUAGGAACAAUCAGUUCACUCCAUCAUCUAUUUCUCCUUACAACUGCAAGGUUGUAUUUUUGUAAGAUGAAGUACUGUAUGUCAUACUGUAUUAUAUCAUGAAAUAAAAAUGAAGAGCCAUUUGUAGAACCCUCUAUUAAAUGUUGUUGAACCUC